AUGACACACAAGUUACAUAAACGUCUAACCUCAACCAAAACUUCUAAACCUCAACCCAAAACGUCUAAACUUCCAACCCCCCCAAAGCGUCUAAACCUCCAACCCAAAACGUCUAAACCUCCAAACCCAAAACUCAAACCUCCAACCCCACACCGUCUAAACUCCAACCCAAAACGUCUAAACCUCCAAAACCCAAAAACGUCUAAACCUCAACCAAAACGUCUAAACCUCCAACCCAAAACUCUAAACCUUCCAACCCCAAAACGUCUAAACCCCUCACCCAAAACGUCUAAACCUCCAACCCAAAAACGUCUAACCUCCAACCCCAAACGUCUAAACCUCCACCCAAAACGGUCUAAACCUACACCCAAAACGUCUAAAACCUCCAACACAAAAGACGUUAAACCCCAACCAAAAACGUCUAAACCUCCAACCCAAAGCGUCUAA